AUGGCAGACAACAGCUCCGACGGCUUCCUGCCUGUCCCCGAAGGCUCCAUCUACUGGAAACACAACUAUGCCGCCGACAAAGACGCCGGCGCAACUCGGCCCACCAUCCUGCUCGUCCACGCCGCCGUGGCAGAUCACACGCUGUGGGAUGCGCAAGUCGACUUCCUCAACGCCAAAGGCUGGAAUUGCCUUCGAUUCGACUUGUUUGGAUUUGGUCAAAGCAGCCCCAGCAAGGAAUACCUUAGCGCCCCCGGCCCAAAAUCCUACAAACCUUGCCCGCAAAUUGAUAGAGUGAGGCAAACCGUCCUCGGCCCCGACGCAAGCCUCAUCGUCAUAGGCCUCAGCAUGGGCGCCAACGUAGCCCUCGAGUACACGCUCGCGUACGGCGCGCACGUCGUAGCAGUAGGCAUCUGCGCCGGCGGCCCGCGCGGCUUCACAGGCGCCAACGAUCCGGCGGAAGACGCGCUAUUCGCAGAAGCCGAGGCCUGCCUUGCCAAAGGCGACGUGCAGCGCGCCGCGGAGCUGCAAGUGCACAUCUGGGGCGAUGGGCCGUUGCAGCCUCCUGGACGAUUGGCGCCCAAUGUCGCGGCGCAGAUGCUGCGGUGGAAUUUGGAUAUUGCGGCUAGGGAGAGCGAGAAACGGGGUGGGUUGGCGUUUGAGAUGGUGUUUGAGGGGGAGGCGGCGAUGGGGCGGCUGGGGGAGUUUGAGGGGCCGAUGUUGGUUUCCUGGGGCACGUUUGAUGAGACGUUCACGACGGAGUCGAUGAAGGCUGUUGUGGCUGCGAGGGGGCCCGGGCGGGCGGUGGUGGGGAGGGAGUUUGCGACGGGGCAUAUGAUUAAUUUGGAGGUGCCGGGGGAGUUUAAUGCGUUUGUUGACGAGUGGCUUCAAGGCCAUGAGCUUCAUAAGGCUAGAUAG